AUGGCGACCGAGCUCGUAGAUUUAAGCAAAGGCUGCCUCGCAACCGCGGAGUGCACAGGAACUUCACACGAGAGCUUUGGAGGGGGUAGUCUGGACCGUGUAUAUAUAAUCUCCCACCCAGCAUUGACUCCGCACUUCAUCACUGGCACAGACAGGGUAUUGUAUCAAGCAGCACUAUGGAUGAAACCAUCGGCAUUAAAACAGAGAUGCCGCCGCAUACAUUUCAACGCCCAUGGUCUCGACUACAGGCCUUUACCCCCGGAGGAUGGCCGAUUCGUGCCUUCCUCAGCGGGAAGAAAGAAGAGGGACGUCGCAGCUGGAACGCUGACUGGUGCGGAAGAACGUUUCCUUCGGGAAGCUGUUUACAAGGUGCUGAGUGACCUGGAUGACGCUGGCUGCACGGCCUUGGCCCUGUGUGAAGCCUCCAGGACCCCGCCUGAGAAGAGGACACCCGGGCACACGGCCGUCAUUGAGAUCCUCAGCCCUCAGACAGGCGCCCCAGUAGCCUGGACGGACAUAAACAAGCCUAAAUCAAAGUACCAGUACGCAGCCUUCAUUGGUAUAUGGGCGGGGCUUACAUCGGCAGCCAACCAAUGCAGUGUUGCAUUCCCGACAUGCCCCCUCCCGUCCUAUGACGUCAUCAAGGCACUGACCAACAAAGAACUGCCGUGUGGAAGUCCUCUCAGCAGCAAAUUUUUCGUCAAAGUAUAAUCGUUAUCGUUGUAGAGUGAAAAUAUUUUGUAGUAGUAAGGGGAAACCCGAUGUCGUUUCAUAUGAAUGUUUGUGCAUUAAUUGUAUUUUAAUCUGUAUUUUGCAUAGAUUACACGUUUUUUUAUUAUCAUUAUUUCUUCUUUUUGAAAGCCUAUAUACAAAUAGAAUUACAUUACAGAAAUGAAUGUCGUUGCAGUCAUAUCUGUUGCGAGAUUGUACUUUUGAAAUUAUAGAUUAAUAUUUAUAAAUAUGCAUUUUUUUUUUGUUGUUAUAUA